AUGUCUGGAAACUGCUGUUCUAGAAAAUGCCCCUCUGUGCCAGCCAUCUCUCUCUGCUCCACUGAGGUGAGCUGCGGAGCACCUGUCUGCUUGCCCAGUUCCUGCCGGAGCCAGACGUGGCAACUGGUGACUCUUCAAGAUAGCUGCGGAUCAUCUAGCUGUGGUCCACAGUGCUGUCAGCCCUCCUGUCCUGUGAGCAGUUGUGCCCAACCUGUGUGCUGCGAGGCCACCAUUUGUGAGCCCUCCUGCUCUGUGAGCAGCUGUGCCCAACCCGUGUGCUGCGAGGCCACCAUUUGUGAGCCCUCCUGCUCUGUGAGCAGCUGUGCCCAACCCGUGUGCUGCGAGGCCACCAUUUGUGAGCCCUCCUGCUCUGUGAGCAGCUGUGCCCAACCCGUGUGCUGCGAGGCCAUCAUUUGUGAUCCUUCUUGCUCUGUGAGCAGCUGUGCCCAACCUGUGUGCUGCGAGGCCACUUCCUGCCAACCAGUCCUUUGUGUGCCCACUCCCUGCCAGCCCAUCGUCUGCAAACCCAGCUGCUGCCAGCCAGUCAUCUGUGAGCCCAGCUGCUGUCAAGCUGUCUGCACCGUGCCUAGUUCCUGCCAACCAGUGGCCUGUGAGCCCGCUUGCUGUCAGCCGGUGUGCCCCACGCCUAGCUGCUGUCCAUCCGUCUGCUCUGUGGCCAAUAACUGCCAGUCUGUUUGCUGUGACUCCAGUCCUUGUGAGCCAUCUUGCUCCGGGCCCAGCGUCUGCCAGCCUACCUGUGUGGCUCUGGUCUGUGGGCCUGUCUGCCUUCGUUCUGUUUGCUGUGUUCAGAGCCCUUGUGAACCACCUUGUGUCUCCAGCACUUGCCAAGAGCCUUCUUGUUGUAUCUCUAGCACCUGCCAACAGCCCUCUUGUUGCGUCUCCAGCAUCCGCCAACCCAUAUGCUCAGAGCCCAGCCCCUGCUCACCAAGUGUCUGUGUGCCUCGUCCAUGCCAACCCGCCUGCUACCUAGUCAAGCGCUGUCAGUCCAUUUGCCGUGAGCCUAUUGCUUGUCCAGCUACCUCCUGCCAACCUGUCUGCUGCCGCCCAGGGUCUUCUGCAUCUGCCAUCUGCCAGCCAACUUGUCCUCGGACUUUCUACAUACCCAGCUCCUGCAAACGGCCUUGUACGACUUCGGUUUCCUACCGUCCAAUUUGCCGCCCAAUCUACUCUGGACCACUCACCUAUAGGCAGCCAUAUGUGACGUCCAUCUCCUACCGUCCUGCCUGCUACCGCCCUUGUUACUCCAUCCUGCGCCGCCCGGCUUGUGUCACUUCUCUCUCCUACCGCCCGGUGUGCUCCCGCCCACCUCGUGCCGACUCCUGUAAACAAGAUUGCAAGCAGUCCACUUCCAGCCAACUGGAUUGUGCUGACUCCACGCCCUGCAAGGCAGAAGUUUCAAAUGCCAGUUCCUGCCAGCCCCCUGAGGCCAGACCCACUAGCCCAACCACCCAUGUGGCCACAGCCAGCCAGCUGGAUGCCACCAAGCCUGCUAACUGCUGA